CAGAAGAGAUCAGAACCAGAGCCCAGCUGUGUGUCUAUGAAGAGUGACCACUCUAUGAUUCUUCCUUUAAAGUUUAACAAUGAAUCACAGUAUGGUCUCAGCUCAGUUUAUCAGAAGAGAUCAGAAGCAGAGCCCAGCUGUGUGUCUAUGAAGAGUGACGUGUCUAUGAUUCCGCCAAUAGUGUUUAACAACAGAGAUUCACAGUCUGGUCAAAGUUCAGUUCAAGAAAAGAGAUUGGAAGCAGAGCCCAGCUGUGUAUCUGUGAAGAGUGACGUGAUUAUGAUUCAGCCAUUAGAUUAUAAAAGUGGAGAUACACGGCCUGGUUUCAGACAUGACAUCCUCAACAUAUUUAGAUCAAAUCUGAUGAAGAAGUUUGAGUGCCUGUAUGAGGGAACAAAGACACAGGGAAAACCAACACUCCUGAAUGAGAUCUACACAGAGCUCUACAUCACAGAGAGUGAGAGUGGAGAGAUCAGUAAUGAGCAUGAGGUGAGACAGAUUGAGACACUAUCCAGGAGAACAGCAACAGAGGACACUGCCAUCAAAUGCAAUGACAUCUUUAGACCUUUACCUAGACAAGACAAAGCCAUCAGAACUGUGCUGACAAAGGGAGUGGCUGGCAUUGGAAAAACAGUCUCUGUGCAGAAGUUCAUCCUGGACUGGGCUGAAGGGAAAGAGAAUCAGGACGUCCAGCUCAUAUUUCCACUGCCUUUCAGAGAAAUCUACUUGAUUAAGGACAAAACACUCAGUCUUUCAGAUCUUCUUCAUGUCUUUUUCCCUGAAACUAGAGAAAUGGAAAUAUCCUGUAGUGAAUAUAAAGUGUUGUUCAUCUUUGAUGGUCUGGAUGAGUCUCGACUGUCACUGAACUUUAGGAGCAAAGUGAAACUCUGUAAUAUAUCUAAAUCAGCCUCAGUGGACAUGCUGCUGAUGAACCUAAUUGUGGGGAAUCUGCUUCCCUCUGCUCUCAUCUGGAUAACCUCCAGACCAGCAGCAGCUGAUCUCGUCCCCUCUGAGUGUGUCCAUCGAGUGACAGAGGUACGAGGCUUCAAUGAGCCACAGAAGGAGGAAUACUUCAGGAAGAGAAUCAGUGAUCAGAGUCUGGCCGAAAGGAUCAUCUCACACCUGAAGUCAUCCAGGAGCCUCUACAUCAUGUGCCACAUCCCAGUCUUCUGCUGGAUCUCAGCCACUGUUCUGGAGAAGAUGUUGAGUCCAGCAGAGACUGGAGAGAUUCCCAAGACUCUCACUCAAAUGUACACACACUUCCUGAUCCUUCAGACCAACAUCAAACGUGAGAAGGACUAUGAGAAGAAGGUGACAGAUGAAGACAUGAUCCUCAAACUGGGGAAGCUGGCUUUCCAGCAGCUUGUGAAAGGAAACCUGAUCUUCUAUGAGGAAGACCUGAGAGAGUGUGGCAUUGAUGUGACAGAAGCAUCAGUGUACUCAGGAUUGUGCACUCAGAUCUUCAGAGAGGAGUUGGGCUUGUAUCAGGGGAAAGUCUUCUGCUUUGUUCAUCUGAGCAUUCAGGAACAUCUAGCAGCUCUAUAUGUGCACCUUUCCUGUACAAUCAACAACAUCAAUGUGUUUGACCAAACCAGUUUCCUCUUUAAAGUUUUGUUCAGGUUUCUAAAUAUUUCAUCAAAACAAGUUUCAUUAUCUGAGCUGCAUCAGAGAGCUGUGUAUGAGGCUUUACAGAGUAAGAAUGGACAUCUGGAUCUUUUUUUACGUUUUCUUCUGGGUCUGUCACUGGAGUCUAAUCAGACUCUCUUACGAAAACUACUGACACAGACAGGAAGCUGCUCCUACAACAAAGAGGAAACAGUUCAGUACAUCAAACAGAAAAUCAGGAAGAAUCGCUCUUCAGAUAAAUCCAUCAAUCUGUUCCACUGUCUGAAUGAACUGGGUGAUCAUUCACUGAUGCAGGAGACGCAAGAUUAUCUGAAAUCUGGAGAAAUAAGAGAAACAAAACUAAACUCUUCACAGUGGUCAGCUCUGGUUUAUGUGUUGCUGACAUCAGAGCAGAAGAUGGAUGUGUUUGAUUUAAAACCGUUUAUUGGAGUACAAAAUACAGCAGAUAAAGUUCUUCAGAAUCUGUUACCUGUGAUUAAAGAAUCCAGAUCAGUUCGGCUAUGGGAAUGUAAUCUCACUGCUCAGUCCUGUGGAAGUUUGUCUUCAGUUUUACAAUCCUCAAACUCAAACAUCCUGAGAGAGCUGGAUCUGAGUAACAAUGACCUGAAGGAUUCUGGAGUGAAGCUUCUUUCUGAUGGACUGAAGAGUCUAAACUGUCAGCUGGAGAUUCUGAGAUUGUCUGGCUGUAUGGUGACAGAGAAAGGCUGUCGUUAUGCGUUUUCAGCUCUGAGUUCAAACCCCUUACACCUGAGAGAGCUGGAUCUGAGCUACAAUCACCCAGGAGAUUCAGGAAUCAAACUGCUCACUGAAAAACUGGAGGAUUCAACUUGCUCAUUGGUCAAACUGAAUGUAGAUCAUGGAGGAGAAUCCAGGAUUACAGCAGGACUACGCAAAUAUGCCUGUUUUCUCUCACUGGAUCCAAACACAGCAAACACUCAACUCAUUCUGUCUGAGGACAACAGAAAGGUGACGUGUAUGAGAGAGAAACAGCAGUAUCCUGAUCAUCCAGACAGAUUUGAUGUUUAUUCUCAGGUGUUGUGUAGAGAGAGUGUGUGUGGACGCUGUUACUGGGAGCUGGAGUGGAGUGGAGAUGGUGUGGACAUAUCAGUGUCAUAUAAGAGCAUCAGCAGGAAGGGAGAGGGUUUUGAGUGUUUGUUUGGAUCUAAUGAUCAGUCCUGGAGUUUGAUCUGCUCUCCCUCCCAAUGCUCAUUCAGACACAAUACAAUAAAGAUUGAUCUCCCUGUAAAGUCCAUCAGCAGAAGAAUAGGAGUGUUUGUGGAUCACAGUGCAGGAACUCUGUCCUUCUACAGCGUCUCUGACACAAUGAGCCUCAUCCACACAGAACAGACCACAUUCACUCAGCCACUCUAUCCUGGGUUUACUGUUUAUUAUCAUCAAUCAUCAGUGAAACUGUGUAGAUGAUUCAGAAUAGACUGACAAGAGAUUCAACCUAUAAUGCUUUGAGCUGCAUGAUGAAUCAGUAACAGUGAGAUGUUAUAUCUCUUCAUGACAUUAAUACUCCAGAUGAAAUUCUGUCACUGAAAUAACAUGUCAGAAUAAAUGUGUCAUAAAUCCUCAUAUAGACCGUAAGAUCAGUGUGUGAUUGUGUGUGUGUGUGUUGGUUUUGGUAUGUAAACUGGUGAAAAGACCUGGUAAUCCACCAACACUAUAAGGACAUUUGGGACAUAGAAAUUAUAAGGACUUUCAAAUUCGUAGAUUCAUCUCUUUGAGCCUCAGGAACAAAAAUCUCCUGCUUUUUUGGGAAUGUCCUUUUAACCUGGUAAACCAGUUUUCUGGGGCCUCAUUUAUAACCGUUGCGCACAAAAGCUGCCCUAAAGAGGCGUACACCUCUUCCUACGCAAAAGGUGGGAUUUAUAAAAACAAACUUGAUGGGAAAAUUUGUGCACCUGCAUGCAAACUCUGACCCAUGCGUAGUUUGGCGACACCCGAUGGUGAGUUGAGGGACUGACGCCAGAUGAUGGAAAUGAAAGAUAUUGAACUUGAAAAGUUGUUUAUAGAUCCCUAUUAACAUAAACAGACAAAUCAGUUAAUCCUCAUUAUGCGUCUUAAUCAUAAAUACCAGCAUGUUCACAAUACCAAUUUAAAUAAAUAAAAGGCAAUAAAUAAUAAAAUAAAAGUACAUCAA